CAACCGUUGAGAUGAGACACAGGUAUAACUUGCGUCGUCCCGCGCCGUCAUGGAAGAAGGCACUUGUAGCUACGAGCCUGAGUCUCUUCUCUCUUUACUAUCUCAGUUGCACCUUCCUGAAGUCAUUGCCUACAACUGAACUUCAGCAAGACGCAAACAUGGCCCCCUCAAGCUUUCUUCAAGCUUCAGCUCUAGUGACGUUGCUUGUGGCGUUGACGGCUGCCCAGAAUCAGACGGCAACGCUUACCUCAGCCGAAGGCUGGAGCACAACGCUUGCUGGCACUCCUACAUCCUUCCGAUCUGUCUUCACAAUUCCUGCAUCUGCAGACCAAGGGGCAGAGCUCAUCCCCAACAUCCAAGAUCCUGAGGCUGUCAAUGCUCAGGAUGUCUGCCCGGGCUACAAGGCCUCGCAGCUGCAAGAGACCGAUGGCGGUAUCAGUGCUGUGUUAACAUUAGCGGGCGCACCGUGCAAUGUCUACGGCAAUGAUGUCGAUGUGCUCAACUUGAAGGUUGAAUAUCAGUCCAAGGACCGAUUGGCUGUCAACAUCAGCCCAGCAUACCUUGAUACCUCGAACUCUUCACACUAUGUUGUUCCUGAGAGUCUCAUUCCCAGACCUCAGGCCGAAGAUUCACAUGAGGACCUCGAUCUUGCAUUUGAUUGGGGCGACGAACCAUCUUUCUGGUUCACCGUAACCCGCCAGUCCACCGGAGAUGUCAUCUUCACCACCAAAGGCACCCACCUUGUUUACGAGGACCAGUUCAUUGAGUUUGUCAACACUCUGUCCGAAGACUACAACCUUUAUGGUCUCGGUGAACGUAUUCACGGCCUUCGCCUCAACAACAACUUUACUGCCACCAUCUACGCUGCUGACGUGGGUGAUCCAAUUGAUCGCAACCUCUACGGCAGUCACCCGUUCUACCUGGAGACUCGCUAUUUCCCAACAGGUGGCAACGGCACCAAGAAGCCACUCAAGCAAUCUGAACUUCAGGAGUGGAGCUACGGCUACGGCGACGACGGCGGCUACCCCACUAACGGCAAAGGCUCUGGCUUUGAGUCCUACUCUCAUGGUGUAUACCUACGUAACCUGCACGGUAUGGAUGUUGUUCUCAAGCCUACCAAUUUGACCUGGAGGAGCCUUGGAGGCAGCAUCGACCUGUUCUUCUUCGAUGGACCAACUCAGCCCGAAGUCACUAAGCAGUAUCAGACUUCUGCUAUCGGUCUGCCCGCUAUGCAACAGUACUGGGCUUUUGGCUACCACCAAUGUCGAUGGGGAUACCGCAACUGGACUGAGCUCAGGGAGAUCGUCGAGACUUUGCGCAACUUCAGCAUUCCCAUGGAAACCAUUUGGCUUGAUAUCGAUUACAUGGACCAGUAUCGCGACUUCACACUGGACCCCGUCACCUUCUCGCCUUCCGGAGUGGCAGACUUCUUCGGCUGGCUGCACGGCAACAACCAGCAUUUCGUUCCCAUCGUCGAUGCUGCCAUCUACAUUCCCAAUCCUACCAACGCCAGUGACGCGUACGACACCUACACUCGCGGUAAUGAGUCUGAUGUCUUCCUGAAAAACCCUGAUGGCAGUCAGUACAUUGGUGCUGUGUGGCCCGGUUACACUGUCUUCCCUGACUGGCUGUCCGAAAAUGGUGUUUCUUGGUGGGUCAAGGAGAUGGUUGAGUGGUACAAGGAGGUUCCCUUCAGUGGCUUCUGGAUCGACAUGACCGAGGUAUCAUCCUUCUGUGUUGGCUCCUGCGGUACUGGCAAUGUCACUCUCAACCCUGUCCACCCACCUUUCUCGCUGCCAGGUGAGGUUGGCAAUGUUGUCUACGACUUCCCCGAGGGUUUCAACAUCACCAACGCAACCGAAGCCGCUUCUGCUUCUGCUGGCUCAUCUAGUCAGGCAGCUGCUGCAUCCGCCACCGCGGUUAGCAGUGUCUCUGCUGAGUACCUACGCACCACGCCCACACCAGGGGUCAGGAACAUCAACCACCCACCUUAUGUCAUCGACCACGUUCAGGGCGACCUUGCUGUACACGCUGUCAGCCCUAAUGCAACUCACCAGAACGGGGUUGCAGAGUACGACGUCCACAACGUUUGGGGCCACCAGAUCAUUAAUGCCACAUACCAAGGUCUUCUCUCCGUUUUCCCUGGCAAGCGUCCCUUCAUCAUCGGCCGAUCCACGUUCGCUGGUAGCGGUAAGUGGGCUGGUCACUGGGGUGGUGACAAUGCAUCAAAGUGGUACUACAUGUACUUCUCGAUCCCACAAGCGCUCUCCUUCUCGCUAUUUGGUAUUCCUAUGUUUGGUGUCGACACCUGUGGUUUCAACGGCAACACCGAUUCAGAGCUUUGCGCACGCUGGAUGCAACUGUCGGCCUUCUUUCCGUUCUACCGCAACCACAACACCUUGUCUGCGUUGUCGCAGGAGCCUUAUCGUUGGGACAGCGUAGCAUCUGCAUCCCGAACGGCCAUGCAUAUCCGCUAUUCGCUCCUGCCGUAUAUGUACACACUCUUCCACCAGGCUCACACAACCGGUUCCACUGUUAUGCGCGCCCUGGCUUGGGAGUUCCCUAACGAGCCCCAGCUUGCAGGCGUCGACACUCAGUUCCUGCUCGGCCCUAACAUUCUUGUUACACCAGUUCUUGAGCCUCAGGUCAGCACUGUCAGGGGUGUCUUCCCUGGUCUUGUCGAUGGAGAGUCCUGGUACGACUGGUACACCGGUGAGAAGGUCCAGGCUGAGGCUGGUGUCAACACCACGAUCUCUGCUCCUUUGGGCCACAUUCCUGUCUACAUCCGUGGCGGUGCCGUGCUCCCAACUCAGGAGCCUGGCUACACCACAACCGAGUCGCGCAAGAACCCAUGGGGGCUUAUCGUUGCACUUUCCAAGGACGGCAGUGCGACUGGCUCUCUCUACGUCGACGAUGGCGAGUCAAUCGAGCAGGAGAGCACACUCGAGAUUGCAUUCACUGCUCAGGGCGAACAGCUGAAGGCUGAUGUCCAGGGUGACUUCAAGGACACCAAUGCCCUAGGUAACGUUACGAUUCUUGGUGUCCACAGCACCCCUACACAGGUCAAGCUGAACGACGUGGUUGUUGAUUUGUCGAAGGUUGCGUACAACGCGACUGCAAGCACAUUGAAGCUAUCUGGUCUAAACGACCUGACAAGCGGUGGCGCGUGGCAGGGUAGCUGGACCUUGUCCUGGGCUUAGAUUGGUAAUGUAGAUUAAGACCAGGUAGCUGGGUAGCGUUAAUAUAAUAC